GAAGAAGAAGAAGUGCCGUCGUCAGAGCUCAUUCCAACCUCAGUGAAGAUGGCGGUGGUGGUGCGGAGUCUCCAAGACCAGCUUGAAAAGGCCAAGGAGAGCCUCAAGAAUGUCGACGAGAACAUCCGAAAACUCACUGGACGCGAUCCUAAUGAGUCAAGACCGGGCCAACUGAGACGGCUCAGCGGUCCCAUGGCGGUCGGCCCAGGUGGAGGUAGAGGCAGAGGGAGCAACCUGCUCAGGCGUGGUCUCUCGGACAUGGGAGGUGGAGCCCCCCCGGCAAAGCAGAGGGACAUCGAAGGGGCCCUGCUACGGCUGGCUGGGGACCAGAGAGCCAGGAGAGAUUCACGCCACGACAGCGACGCCGAGGACGAUGACGAUGUCAAAAAGCCGGCGCUGCAGUCGUCUGUGGUAGCUACCUCCAAGGAGCGGACACGCCGAGACCUCAUCCAAGACCAGACCAUGGACGAGAGGGGGAAACAGAGGAAUCGGCGUAUGUUUGGCCUGCUCAUGGGGACCCUGCAGAAGUUCAAGCAGGAAUCCAACGUUGCUACGGACAAGCAAAAGCGGCGUUGUGAGAUCGAACAAAAGCUGGAGGUGCAGGCGGAGGCCGAGAAGAAAAAGGUGGAGGGCGAGAGGAGAGAGCUUUUUGAGGAGAGACGGGCCAAGCAGACUGAGCUGAAGCUACUGGAGCAGAAAGUGGAAUUGGCUCAGCUGCAAGAUGAGUGGAACAGCCACAACGUCCUUCUGGUGAAAUUCAUCCGCACCAAGGCUAAACCGCACAUCUUCUACAAGCCCGGGAAGGUGUGUUCCGCCACACAAAAGCUCCUCGACGAGUCCACCAAGAAUCUCAAUGUCGUGUUUGAGGAAAGGCGGGAGGCGUUUGCUGAGCACCUCAGCAAAAUGGAGGCACGCCCCCGGCGACAGAUAAACCGCGACACGGAGGCCGGCGCUGUGAAGAGGGACCAAUCGGCGGAGGGUAAGCCCGCAGGCCAGGUAGUCAAGGUGACAGGUAACCGGGGUGACUUGGAAAUGGAGGAGGAUGAGGAAGAGGAGGAAGAGGAGGAGGGGGUUGGGAAGGAUGCUGAGGGGAAUGGAAAGGGGAUGGACACAGAGCAGGGGAAAGGAGACCUUGAGGGAGGGGAGAUGGUAGAGAAGGGGGCGGGGGAGGGAGAGGAAGGUAUGGAGGUUACUGAGGAAGGGGAUAAAAUCAGUGAAGAGGAGGAGUCUAAGGGUAAGGGUGGAGCGAGAGGGGGGAAGGAGGAGGUGGAGGUAAGUCAAGACACGGGAGGGGUGGUGAUGGAGGAGCAGAGGGCAGGGAAGACGGAGGAGCAGGAGAAGGGGGAGAACAGUGAGGCUCAGGCAGAGAUAACCCAGGGCGCCACCACGGACCACCACAAGGAACCAAGCACGGAGGCCCCCCCCUCUGACACCGUUUCACCCGGCGAUGUCCCUGCCGCUAAGAGUGCCAGCCGCCCACCCCCCGUUGCCUCCCAGCCGGCUGGAACAGCAGCCCAGACCCAGAGCAACAAACCUUCCCCGAGCCCACAGACCCACCAAACCCCUGACCCGCCCGCACAGGAGCAAGCUGCUGCCCCCGGGCCUGAUCCGGCCCAGAGCUCAGUCCCUGAAAUACAAGGGACCCAAGAUAAAACUGAGCCCCCGAAACCUCAAGAAACUCCCAGCGCAGAAGCUGCUCCCAGGCCAACGGAGAAAGCAGGAGAAAAGCGUGGCCGGUCCCGGAAGGAGAAAGCCAAGCGGAAGGACCGCGCCUCCUCCUCCGGUAGCUCCGGCUCCUCCAGUGGCUCCUCUUCUUCCUCCAGUGGCUCCAGCCACUCCUCGUCCUCCUCCUCGUCCUCCUCGUCCAGCAGCCGUGGGCGUGGCCGGGACAGCGGCAAGCGGCACCAGCGGCCGGUGGACCGCGAGAGGAAGAAGGGGGCUGAGAAGAGUGUUCACAAGCGGGGCUCGAGCGGCGGCGGGAAGAGGGAGUCAGCAAGCACCAAGGAGAAGAAGAGGAGGAGCGAUGGGGGUAGAAGUAGGUUGUCCCGGGGGGACAAGGACCCCAAGGACAGAGACAGGAAGGAUAAGAGGCACUAGGCCACACCUCUACAACCCUCCUGCCUGGCGGACGCAGUUUCUUUACAAAGCAGGCUUUUUUUCUUUUACAUGUAUGGCCUGUUGAAAUAAUGUGUGUGUGUGUGUGUGCGUGUGUCGCUACUGAGCCAUUAGUUCGAUAGCCGUAUCCUCUUGUAGUCCUUUGAGUGCGGGCAUCUUUCCUUUUUUUUUACUCGAAACGAUGUCAAAGAUGAGAUCUGUCUGGCUAAAUGUAUGAUGUGCAAAUUAGAUGUUUAACAACGUUUUCUUUUUGUACCGGUUAACAAUCAGCUUCAAAUAAAGUGAGAAUAUGUUUCAA